AUGCAUUCUUUGGUAUUGCCCCUAGUGGACACAUUUCACCUAUAGCGCCACAGACUCCACCACGUAAUCCCUGAAAGCAGACUUCUUACUUUACGAAUAAUUUUACUGUACAUCAGGGGCUCGCACAUUUAUGCUCGUUUUUUUUUUUUUUUCAUUCCAUGUGAAAACAGUUCCAGCAGCUGCAUCCUUCAGUACGGGCUACCGUUAACUGGCGCCUUUAAGGUAAUCUAUAUACCUUGAAACCUGAUGCAGAAUGGCUGCUGACGUUUUAUACCACGUUGUUUAGCCGUCGCAGCGUUUCUCAUUGCUUACCUUUUCUUAAUCUUUCUUUUUUGUUUAUUUAUUUCCUUAUUUAUUAUGUUUAUUCAUUUAUUUUUGCUUUAGCAGCGUGUCUGUAAUACUGGCGUGAGUUUCCUGUGUAGCUGUAGACUUCUACGGCUAUUCGCCAAUUGGGCAAGGUACAGGCUGGUGCCGCUCACGAACAGAGACGACCCUCGCCGACCCUCCUCUGCCAAGGAAGGCAGACAUUCAGCUGACUGAAAGCUGGCGCGCCCCAAGAAAUGCUAUCGGUUGUAGCAAAUAUGCUGAGUGGACAGUUUUCGCACAAGCUUCGUGGGUGGUGUCUAGUUCCAACGCGUUUCUAGCGUUUCGCGGCUGUUGUUAUUCGUUUAUCGUUCAGACCGGCGAUGACUGUUUAGCGUGCGAUAGUGCCGGCUCCGUGGGCUUAUAAACGAGCCGUUCUGCGUUCGGCCCCGACAAGGAGGUUAGACCCAACGGGAACGAAGCGCCAUGAAGACGACACUCUCUUGCUUCCUGCUCGUCGCUUUCCUAAGCAUCGUCGGGGCCCAACCCAGCCAACUCCCCAGAAGCUGCAGGUUGGACGACAACGGUCUCAAAGCUCUGAUAUCAUGUAUUAAGGAAGAAAGUGGAACUGAGGUGACGACCAAGCUAAACGCUAUCGGAAAGGUUUUGCACUGCGGUGAGGACUUAGAAUGCGGAAUCAAGAAAGUGUGCACGGAAUUCAAUGGUUCUCUGGAAAAAGGAGCGCAAGGAGCUCUCCCGAAAGAAGACUUAGAGAAAAUACGUGAGAUCUUCAAUGUGUGCCUCGAUAAACAUUAAAAUGGCCUAUGAAGACGUCUUCCACGAAAGGAAAUGCCACAAUAAAAUUGCUUUCACCAUGUAGCAACAAGAAAAACUUUGCCCAUAUGAAACCCUUCAUUGGGAUCCGCCGAGUUUUUUUCGUUACUAUGAAAACUGUUUCCUGCCUUUUCUUGGAAGUGUUGGUAUUUCUCUUUUAGCAUGAAUAAAUAGGGACAGAGAGAAGAGACCUGAG